GUGCAAGGGAGGUAGCAGAGGAGGAGAAGGAGGUUGAACUCACAGCAAGUGAGCUCAUUUAGUGAGCUCAAGGAGAGAGUGCAGCUCCGUCAUCAUCUUUGCAGAGAGAGAGAGAGAGAGAGAGAGAGAGCGAGAGAGGACGAGGGAUCGAGAGGGAGGAGUGUAAGGAAGCAGUGAGCGAAUGAGAAAGGAGGAGAGUGAAGCAGCACAACAAUAGUGAGCCGCUCUGCUGGCUGUGAGCUCACACACACGCACACACAAGUCGAGCGAGCGGGGAGACGGACAGACGCUCUGCAAACCAGCUGCAGCCAGAACACAGCUGCUCCGUGCAUAUGGACAGAUAACUUUUACUUUUCCGGUUCUUACUUUCUGUGGUGGCGUUUCUUACCAAAACCAGAGUUGCUAAAUAUUUUUGGAUUUUUGUCUCUGUGUGUGUGUGGUCAUUGCAUACAUGAGCUUUGGACCACCGGUGGACUUGCUUUUGACUUUUUGAGGAUCAUUUCCACAAGCAUUUUGGAUUAGUGUUUUAUAUCCUACUGUGCUCAGAGUCAUCCCCCUGGAGGUUGGAGCACCUUUACCAGAGUUGACGUGCCCUAAAGGAGUUUUGUGGACUCAGGAUUUUUUUAAGACCAUCAGCCCUGUAAUGUGAACACCACUCAACAGACAUUUAUUUUAAGAUUUUUUUUGUGUGGCUUGGGUGAGCAUUGAUCGCUCCAUCCCUGACGUGAACUGAAAGACUCCCAUCUUUGCGCGUGUGCGUGAGGAAGUGCGUGUUCUGGGGGAUGCCUCUAGAUGUGGUGAUUGCCCCUGCAGAGGACUGUUUCUGGCCAGAGCUGCAGGACACAGACAUGAGGCUGAAGAUCCGGGUCCGCCGGAUGAAGCAGGGCAGGGAGCUACGAGGAGGUUUUGCUGCUUUCUCCUCCUGUUUUCCCGGCCUGUGUGAAGUGAAACCUGCCACUGCUCUUCCUAUGAGCUUGUCCCAGCCCUGCCUGCCUGUGGCUAACGUUGGGCCGACCCGCAUCCUGCCGCACCUCUACCUGGGCUCGCAGAAGGAUGUGCUCAACAAGGACCUGAUGGCUCAGAAUGGCAUCACAUAUGUGCUAAAUGCUAGUAACACCUGCCCAAAGCCAGACUUCAUCAGCGAGAGCCACUUCAUGCGGAUCCCUGUUAACGACAACUACUGCGAGAAACUGCUUCCCUGGCUGGACAAAACGAAUGAAUUUAUCGACAAAGCCAAGGUGUCGAACUGCAGAGUCAUUGUGCACUGUCUGGCUGGAAUCUCACGUUCAGCAACCAUCGCCAUUGCCUACAUCAUGAAGACAAUGGGCUUAUCAUCAGAUGAUGCCUACAGGUUUGUAAAGGAUCGAAGACCCUCCAUAUCACCCAACUUCAACUUCCUUGGUCAGUUACUGGAGUUUGAGAAGGACCUCAGAUUACUCCAAGCUUUAACUUCAAGCUCUGACGACAAGAACACAGAGAGUCACAUGAAACAAAGUUCAGAGGUGAAUGGGGUCAGCACCAGUUUUGAGAUAAAUGGUCACCACAUCAACCAUGAGUCUUCUGUGGAAGAGCCACAGAGCUCAUCAGAACCCAAGCUGCCAUCGCCCACCUCUCUCCAGCAAGGCUUCAAUGGACUGCACCUCUCAGCAGAGAGGAUCAUGGACACUAAUCGUCUGAAACGCUCUUUCUCCCUGGACAUCAAGUCUGUCUACUUGCCCAGUAGCCCCCACUGUCCCAGCCUAGCACCCACGCACUCUGAGGACGUCCCAAAGCUGUGCAAGCUUGACAGCCCAGGAACUGGCAGUGGUGUCUGUCCACAGUCUCCCGUCCUCGACAGCCCCAGCUUCUCUGACUCUCCGUUCCCUUCACCAGGCAGCGGUGGUAGUAUUGGAGGUUUGGGGCUUGGUGUAAGUGAAGGAGUUCGUUGGUCUGAUGGUUCUUCUUCAUCCAGAACCAGGAGAAAACCCAAGCACAACUGUGGCAGUUCUCCAGUCCACUCCCAUUCACACCAACCCCCCCAGACCCUCAGCCUGUCACUGGACAACAAGAGUUCCAGCCUGGACGAUAACCUAAAGAGUUCCCUGCUCCUGUCACUACCCUCCCUGCCCAGUGUGGGAUCUGGGGCUAUGUGGACCAAACACAGAGAUACUGUCCAAGCCACCACUCCUGUUACUCCCGUCACUCCCACUACUGAUGCACCAUGGCAUUUUGGGGCAGAGGAGGGUGGUGAGCGAGAGAUGGAGCUGGGAGGACGAGGAAACGGGGAGCGAGAGGAGUCAUCAGUAAGAUUUGGGGGCAGCUCGGCGUAUGUGGCGUUUGAGUGCAGCGAAAGUGUUCGGUUACAAGAUAAAUCGCAGCGAGAGAAGGCCUCGGCGUCACAGACACACAGAGACCCUCGUGACUCCACCUCGUCUUCAUCGUCCAUCUCCAACAACACUGUUACAAACAGCGAGAAGCAGUUCAAGCGGCGCAGUUGUCAGAUGGAGUUUGAGGAAGGCAUUUCCGAGACACGUUCCAGAGAAGAACUUGGCAAAAUUGGGAAGCAGUCAAGCUUCUCAGGGAGCAUGGAGAUCAUUGAGGUAUCCUGACAGAUAACGGGCAUGAUCAAAGCCCUCCCCAGAGGGCCAAAAUGGACCUAGUUAAAAUAGGAUAAGAGGACGCAUGACACAUUUUUUACUCUCCACGCAGUGUUAAAGACUCAAAUAUGGAGAAGGACAAACGGUUAAUUUAGCAGAGAGUUAAUGUGAAAUGGCUCAGUGGCGUUCGCACUGAGACUCGUCCUAUGUAGCGAUGUGACAGAACGGGGUCUAAAAUGUGGUGUUUGGCUGAGCAGAACUGAACUAUUGUACAAAUCUGAAGUAAAGGCUGGUGUGUGUGGUGUAGCCUGUUCACAGACACCACCCAGAGGAUACUUACCGUGUUGCAUCCCACAUCUCCAUCCAAAGCUUCACCCCAAAAGCUAGCACAG